CUGAGCUCACCACAACUCAAACUGUCUGCCUGUCAGAGAUGUCUGUGUGCCGUUUUAUCUUGAUUUUCAUCUUUAUGUGGGGUGUUGAUGCAGAUGAAGUGAAGUCUGUGUCAGUGACGGAGGGAGAUUCUGUCACACUGUCCACUGAUGUUACUGAAACACUCACAGAUGACCAAAUACUUUGGAGGUUUGGACCUAAAAAUGCUCGCAUUGCCGAAAUCUAUCAUUGGAACCCCCCAAUAUAUGAUAAUAUUGAGAUAUUCAGAGACAGACUGAAGCUGGAAAAUGAAACUGGAUCUUUGAGAAUCACAAACAUCAGAAUCACAGACUCUGGAGUUUACAAACUACACAUCAUCAGAAGUACCGGAACCCUGUACAAGACAUUCACAGUUUUCGUCAAUCCUCGUCUGCCUGAUCCUGUCAUCAUCAGAAACUCUUCUCAAUGUUCUUCAUCAUCAGGAAGAUCUUCAGUGUCAAAAUGUGUGUUGUUGUGUUCAGUGAUGAAUGUGACACAUGUGAGUCUCUCCUGGUACAAAGGAAACAGUUUAUUGUCCAACAUCAGUGUGUCUGAUCACAAUAUCAAACUCUCUCUACCUCUGGAGGUGGAAUAUCAGGAUACAAACACAUACAGAUGUGUCAUCAACAACACCAUCUCAAACCACACACAACAUCUCAACAUCACUGAUGUCUGUCAGCCGUGUUCAGGUCUCACCUUUAUUCAUAAACUUGGGAUGUGUUGUGCGGCUCUCGGAACUCUGAAGAUUGUGUCUACACUUCUGAUCAUCUGCUUCUGCAGGAAACACAGACUGAAUGAACGAGAACACACGCAGUCCGUCUCAAAAUGACUUUUAAAGAUUGUAUACAGUUGUGUGAUGGACAGCUGAUCGAUCAUUGAAGAAUGUUAACCGGCAGCAGUAAAGUAUCAUCACAUUCAUUGUGUUUUUUCUUGUCAAGACAACAAACCGUAUUUCUAGUAUUUUGUUUUGAUCUGCGAAUGCAUGCGACACUCUUGGAGCUUUGUUUCAAGUACAACCCGGUGACUUCAAUUGUGUCGGAGUGCAAAGAGAUGUGGUCUCGUUCUGGUGGUGGACAUGACUGUGUGCUUGUCUAUUGAUGUUUUGUAGGUGCAUUUGUGUGUGUGUGUGUGUAUGAGUGGUGUGAAUAAAAUGGGUGUUGCAACUGU